AUGACAGCCACCGCAACCAUAGCCUCUACGAACAUGGGGGCUCUGCUGCAAGAUGAUGUGUUCGUCGACUUCUUCAACACAUUUCUGAACCUCCCUAUUUUUGGCCAGACACCCAUUUACAUCAGCGGCACUGGCCAGUGGGACCUCUGGCCAGAGCUACCGAGCUACCUGGAUCCCAGCCUUCCGGGCUUGCUGGCUUGGUUGGAGAAGCACCGGCUGCCUCACUUCUGCAGAUCCAGCUUGUGCCUCCACUUCGUCCUCUGCCAGAAGCUCCUCGGUUUCGUUCGGUCGGAGGAGGCAGCAAAGCUGCUGAACUGGCAGAGCGCUGACCAGUGGCUGCUCGAAAAGUGCAUCAGCGGGAGCCGGGGCAUGUGGCGCUUCCGAGCCUUUGUCCAAGGACUGGCAGGGGAAGAGCUAACUAAAUUCUGGCUCAUGACUGAAAGGAUCCUGGGGCUCGAUAAGUCAAAUGCRACACAGAGGAAGCUCUACCUGUCCUUGCUGCACGCGCUGAAGGCCACGCACCUGCGGGAAGGCUCCAAAGUUCUCACCCUCUGCAGGACACCCAUCGUGCAGGAAAGMGCAGACUGGCGCACGCAGCCCACCAGCACCGGGAGGGAGACCCUGAGCAAGAUGCAGACACUGGCCCUGCUUAAGAUUCAGAAUUACUGGCUCCCUAACUUCUUCAUUCACUGCAAGCUGAGCAUGGAGAAGGAGGAAUCAUGCUGGCCUCUUCUGCAGGAGUAUCGGGAGCGAUUACAGGCUGACUCACAGGAGCCCACUGGCUCUUUUAAUGAACUGUUUAUAAUGCAUAUUAAAAAGAGCCAGGCUUCAUCAGGACCCUACUGCAGCAAGAAGGCCAAAGAGGAGAUCUGGACUCUCACCAAAGAAGAAAGAGGCACCCAGGAGGUGUUUUUGAGUCAAGAAAUGAGUUUUGAGGAGCGAUUACAAAGAAAGCCAGGGCCAGGCAGGAGUAUGUUUGGAUCAGACAUGGAGAAAUCAUACCUGGAUGAAGAUACUCCAGAACUGAUUUCUCAGCAGUCUGAUCAUGCUUCAAACACGACCUUUGGAGUCCACAGAGGAGAAAUCUCUCCCAAAAGGUUUUGCCCCACUACAGAGUACUUCCUUCAACUGGAAGAGCUCGGUGAAGAGCAAUUGCUCUCCAACAUGUGUUUCUCUACCCCAGUUGUCCGGCUGCCAUCCCUACUGGCCCUGAAAAGGCCGGUCAAGGCCUCUUCCUCCUUAAGCUUCCUUGCAUGGACACUGAGUGCUGAAGCUUGUGCAGGACAGCCCUUCAGGGAGUUCCUGAAGCGCAGGAAACGGUCCGUGGAGGUCUGUCUCCUGGACCUGUGGCAUGACCUCGAGGACUUCCUGUGUGUGGUGCUGGGUUGUAGUGGUGARGGUAGUUUCCUGCUGCGCCAUUUGAUAGGGGUGAGAAUACGCAAGACUUACCUGGACAAAGGCUCCGUUCAGCCUCUUCCGCUGGAGAUGAGGACCCUCAGGAACUUGCAGGACCGCCUGCCUUCUGGAGAGGUCACUCCCUGGAUAUUCAAAGCUCAGGAGGAGAUUUGCAAGGUGCUCAAGUUCUUCUACGACGAAUUUCUGGCUGAGGAUGAUGAGACAUUCCUUCGGUUUAUGUCUCCACAGAACAGUUUCCUGAUGCGCAAGACACAAGAACACACUGCUGGAAAAGAUGGACAUAUCCUCCUAGUCAAGCGGAUAAAUGAAUCCUUGAAGCUGAGCCAAGCACUGUAUGGCAUGAGGGACUUGGAAAAUCUCUCCUCUGAGCACUGGCAACUAGUUGCCACUCAGGACCUCCGGAAAGGGGGCUCGAUUCAGGUGGAACUGGAACCUCCAGUGUGCAGAAUUGAUUUCCAGAAGAUGACACUCGAUGAGCUGGCUGUUAAGAAUCCCUUGCUGGCUAUGGAUCUGCUAAGUGAGAAUUACAAGCUUUUCUGCCUAAAAUUUCCAUCACUCGCUUUUCACCUCAAACAUGGAAAGAAGAGGAUUUUUCCUGUGAGCAGAACCAAAGUAAAUGCACCGAAGACCACUGUUGUCGUAUUAGAGAAGCCAACUGUAAGACCCAGGCACUUCAUGGAGGUACUGCGCAACCCUGCCCAUUUGGAGUUCUUCAGGAGUUUCCUCAAGGAGAACAACACAGAUGGACCACUGCGCUUCUGGCUGGCUGUGGAAAAGUUGGUCGCAGAGACCAACCCCCAGAAGCAGCGCAUCCUCAUUAAAAACACUGUCAAACUCUACUUCCAUGCCAAAACCCCAGCUGAGGAGCUGCUGGACUGCUAUGCUUCUAUCAUCGGAGAAGUAAGGGAGGCCAAAGUAGUCAGCGCAGCCAUGCUGAUCACAGCACAGACCUUUGUCCAGAAAGCAAUGGAAGAACGAUGGUUUAUGGACUACCAGGACCUCUUCCCCCCAGACAAUACCCACGAGUCUCAUGUUCCUUUGCGGCAUGGGAUGAGGAACUUCAAGAGACACGAGCUGAGGAAGGCCUGGGAAGCCAUUCGCAGCUGCGUCAAGAGCAUCUGCAAGUUCCGGAGGGAUAUAAAAAAUGACAGAAUCCGUGAGGAAUUUGAGGACUUUCUCCGGAAGGAAGUACGAAAUCGGAAGGAAAACUUGCCCAUCAAUGGGACGCAGAACAGCAGCACCACGGGCAAUUGCUGCUUGCACCCGACCUCUGCCAACAUCCCAGAGGACAAGGACAUGAUACUAGURAAACGUCGUCUCUUUAAGAACCGUCUCAUUACUGUCAACUUCCUCGUCAAUGACCUCCACUUCUAUCUGGAGAUUGACAAGUUUUUCAAGCUGGCUGAUGCAGCUAAAGCUAUAGCAGACUGCAGCAAGCACCAAAAUCAGGCAGUUGCCUUUCUCAAAAAUAAAGUCACCAUCAUCAGCAAUGUUUUCCUGGACUCCGACAUUCCGCCUAAACUGCGGGUGAACAUUUCCGAAGCACAGAAAGAGUUAAUCUGGAGUUUAUCUUCCAAGGAGAUACUGGACCGCAACCUGUACUAUGGAGCUGCAGUUGUCAUCUUCCCCAUCCUGAUGCACUUCUGGAAAAGGUUCUGCAUCAGGAAGGCAAUGAAAGGCUUUCGGGUCUCCCAGAAAAAAAGAACACCAAGCUCUUCGCCCAUUAAAAAAACCUUCCCCAAAUCAUCUGUCAUCCAGAGUACAGACAACUGCCCCAUCAUCCAGUUCACGCUGCUGCACGGGAUCCAGGUCCUGCUGCCAAAGGCUCAGAAGAAAAAGAAGCUGCCCAAGAAGCAGAAGGGUGGGUAG